ACAGAUUGUACCAGACUGGAGCAGAACUGCAAGUGAAAGCAGAGGGAGUCUUCACCGGAGCUACAAGAGGGAUGAUUUGGUCCAUUAGCUGGAUUCAUUUAGUUGAUAUUUGUAACAUUUCACCCCUGUGCUGUGUCAGGGAUCAGUGCUGGAGGACUGAAUGGGUUUGGAGAGGACACUCUGACUGACUGAUUCUCCUGUUUGUAUUUCUCCUUGAUGAACCAGAGAAGAACAACACAGUAAGAAACAAAGCUCCUGGCCACAAGGGCUUUAGGGGCUAAUGGAAAAUCAGCCCUUUCAUCGUUUAAGAAAGAACAGGAGCUCUGAAAAGGGGAAUGCCAUGGGAACACGCCUGCCUGACAGCUUCACCCCAGUGAACCCGAAGCCGUCCAAGGAGCUGAAGCCAAUGAUCGGUGCAAUAGUCGUCGGGCUCAUCUUGUUCAUUGCGGCGGUGGUGGCUUGGUGCUACUACACGGCGUCUCUCAGGAAGGCGGAGCGGCUAAAGACAGAAUUGAUGGACCUGAGGAAGGAUGGGUUCAUCAUCAAAAACCACAACGGGGAGGUGGUCUUCAGACUGGCCUUUCAGUCGGGCACCCUCGAUCUGGAGUCCUGCUCGAAAGAAGGGGAGAUUUUAAGCUGCACCAGAUCAGACAGAGGGAAGCUGAAUUUCUUCAUUCAGACAGUCAAGCCCAAGGACACGGUUAUGUGCUACCGCGUCCGCUGGGAGGAGUUUGUGGUAGACACGGUGGUCGAGCACACCAUGUUUUGGGAGGACGCUCAUUGGUACGGGGGCUGUGAAAUGAGCGUCCAGCACUGGCCAAUCAGACUCCCAGGGUACCAGGAGCCCAUGCCCUUUGUGACGAGCGACGUGUAUUCCUUCAGGGGCAGCUUUGGAGGCAUCUUGGAAAGAUACUGGCUGUCCUCGAAAGCGGCGGCUAUAAAAAUCAACGACUCGGUGCCCUUCCACCUGGGGUUUAACGCCAGUGAACGGUCGCUCUUCUUUCAGGCCAGGUAUAAGGAUUCUCCCUACAGACCUCCCCUUGGGCAGCAGCCUUUCCCGGAGCUAAGCUACCGUGUCUGCGUCGGCUCGGAUGUGACCUCCAUUCACAAAUACAUGGUGCGCAGGUACUUUAACAAGCCUUCUAAGAUCCCAUCAGAAAACGCCUUCCGGUACCCCAUCUGGUCUACAUGGGCUCUGUACAAAAAUCAGAUUGACCAGGAUAAACUUCUAGAUUUUGCAGAAAAGAUUAAAAAGUACCGGUUUAAUUGCAGCCAUAUUGAAAUUGAUGACAUGUACACACAGACUUAUGGCGAUUUUGACUUUGAUCCGGUAAAGUUCCCUAAUGUGACAGAAAUGUUCAAAACGCUGAAAGAAGAGGGAUUUAAAGUUACCCUGUGGACGCAUCCCUUUAUAAACUACAAUUCGUCCAAUUUUGGAGUGGGGAUAGAGCAGCAGCUCUUUAUCAAGGAGCCGACAGGGAAACUCCCCGCGAUGGUGAAGUGGUGGAACGGCAUUGGGGCCAUAUUGGAUUUUACCAAUCCCACAGCCAGGGAGUGGUUUCAGAGCCACCUGAAACAACUGCGGUCAAAGUACGGCAUAGCGUCCUUUAAAUUUGACGCUGGUGAGGUAAGCUACCUUCCAAAGCAGUUCAGCACCUUCAGGCCCUUGUCGGAUCCCAGCAUCUGGUCCAGACGGUACACGGAAAUGGCCAUUCCGUUCUACGAGCUCGCCGAAGUCAGGGUCGGCUACCAGUCCCAAAACAUCUCGUGCUUCUUCCGCAUCAUCGACCGCGACUCGGUUUGGGGAUAUGAGCUUGGCCUCAAGUCCUUGAUCCCUACCGUGCUCACCAUUAGCAUGCUGGGCUACCCUUUCAUAUUACCAGACAUGAUUGGAGGAAACUUUCUGCCAAACAAGACGGAAGGUGCUGUUGAAAUCCCGGACCAGGAGCUGUACAUCCGCUGGCUGGAGCUGUCGGCCUUCAUGCCCUCCAUGCAGUUCUCCAUACCCCCCUGGCUCUACGACAAGUCAGUGAUUGAGAUUGCACAGAAAUUCACAGAGCUGCAUGAGUCCCUGGUUGCCCCUCUCCUGUUGGAGCUGGCUGGGAAGGUCACCGACACGGGAGACCCCAUCAUACGGCCCAUCUGGUGGAUUUCUCCCAGGGAUGAAUUCGCUCACAAGCUCGACUCCCAGUUCCUCAUUGGGGACACCCUCAUGGUGGCCCCUGUCCUGGAGCUGGGCAAGCAAGAGCGAGAUGUGUACCUCCCGGCCGGCAAAUGGCGCAGUUACAAAGGGGAGCUGUUUGAGAAGACCCCAGUCCUGUUAACAGACUAUCCCGUUGACUUGGACGAAGUUGCUUAUUUUCUUUGGGUAUCAUAACAAAGGUAGCCAUCAGUUUUAAGCUUUGUGAAUGGGUGGUAGAUUGAAAAAAUUAGGCAGCUCUGAGUUCCUGAGAUAAAUAUGCCUCUCUGGGACGUUGUAAAUAAUGAUCAUGAUUCCAAUUGCACAGAACCAUUUUUGUGGAUUAAUAAACAGG